AUGGAACAGUGGAAAAAUAAAGUUGCAGUUGUAACAGGUGCUUCAGCCGGUAUUGGUGCUGCAAUUGCUGUGGACCUGGUUAAAGCUGGAAUGAUCACAAUCGGAUUAGCUCGAAGGGUUGAAAAAGUUGAAGCUCUGAAGAAAGAUCUUCCCGAAAAUCUUCAAAGAAAUCUUCAUGCUGUGAAAUGUGACGUGUCCAAGGAAGAUGAUAUCGUGAGAGUUUUUCAAUGGAUUGAUACGAAAUUCAAAGGAAUUGAUGUAUUAAUCAACAAUGCCGGAAUAGUUAGACAAACUGAGCUUAUUAAUAAGGAUAAUUCUACUGCAGUUCGUGAAGUGAUAGACACAAACGUUCUUGGUCUUGUCUUCUGUACCAGAGAAGCUUACAAGUCCAUGGAAAAGCACGGAAGAAAUUCUCAUGUUGUUCAUAUGAACAGUACAGUUGGACACGAUCUCAUCCGAAAUCUUCAAUCGCCAUCUACCAAUAUAUAUCCUGCAAGUAAAUAUGCAGUUACAGCUAUUACAGAACUUCAUCGUCAAGAGUUCAUCCGCAGCAAAAAUCAUAUCAAAGUGACAUCAGUGAGUCCAGGAUUAGUGAGAACUGAAAUGACUCAAUGGGAUGGUGUUGAUUUGGCUUCUGCAAUGCCAUUUCUAGAAGCAGAGGAUAUAUCACAAAGUAUCCUAUAUAUCUUAGGGACUCCACCACAUGUUCAAGUCCACGAGUUAAUCAUCAAGCCAUUUGGAGAAUGGUUUUAA